GAGUGGUUCUCCCGACGAACCAUUUCUACCGGUCCUGCCGACGAUGUCGGACGACGACGGCAAAAAAGUUCCCAAGUCGGACGGCAGCCCUAGCCCUGAGACCACAGGACUGCUCCGCGGAGAUGGUGCUCUUGGGAAGGACAAGGGCAAGGAGGCGGACUGGCUCAAAGAGUUGAAGGGAAAAAUCCUCGGAAGUAAAGCAGCAAAAGGCAAAGGGAAACAAGAUGACGGCAAAGGUGGACCACCUCCGCCAGACUCCGAUUCCGACCGGAGUGGGAAGAAAGGCGGGGGGAAGAAGGGAAAAGACGACUCCGACAGCGACGGCGGAAAAUCAAAGGGGUUUCAGAAAGGAGGCGGUAAAAAGGGGAAUAAAGGUGCUGAGAGUAGUGAUGAUGACAAGGGUCGUGCUGGAAAGGGUCCGCUCAAAGGGUCCGACAAAGGGAUGAAAAGUAGUUAUAAGGGUAGCGACAAAGAUAAUAAAGGUUGGAACUACGACAAAGAUGGCGACAAAGGUAGUACUGGCAAAGGGACGAACAAGAAGUCCAGUGCUGUUGACCAAAAGGGCGAUAAGGAUCAUGGAAAAAAUAAGGCUGGGAUGAAAGAUAAAGGCGGAGAUUGGAACAAAGACAAAGGUGGCAACUACAACAAAUCUUCGAAAGACCACAAAGAGGGAAAGAAAGAAUCCGGAAAUAAAGACAUCAAAGGCAAGAAAUCCUCCUCGGUUGAUAAAGGAACAACAUCAAAAACCACGACGGGCGAAAGCGCUGCGGACAGUAAGCUAAAAAAUCUGCUGAGCAGCAAGCCGAAAAAAACGGCGCCGCCAAGCACACAGAUCCAAACCAAGACGUCGUUCUCCACGUUUGUCGAGGAGCAAGAUGUAGUGGCAACUACUGAUAAGCAACCUGCGUCGAAAAUAGAAGACCAAGAAUUCCUUCCUGUGUUUGAUAAGAAGAACGACAAGUGGAUUCAUGUGAAGAACGAAAAGUACAGAGGAAAUAAGUCCCCUUCCCCAGUCCGAAACGACCGCAGCGGGUAUAAUCGGCAGGACGACAGGACGAAAGGCGAUGAACAACAACAUCAAAAAGGGACGAAUAAGAAUAGAAACCGCGACCGUCCCGGCCGGCGCAGCAACAGCCGCGGUAGAAGAGACAACUACACUAAAAACCGCGGAAAAAACAACACUCGAGGGGACAGAAGCAUCCGCCGUGGAGGCACGAACUACGGUAGCAAUUACGACCAGGACGACAAGGACGAAGAUAUAGUCACAACUUCCAAGCGGGAUAGAAGUGAUAGUCGCAGGAGGAGCAGGAGAAACAACUACAAGGGACGAGAUGACGACCACGCCUGGAAUAAAGGCAGCAGUAGUAGCGGCAAAAAUUGGGACGACAAGAGUUAUAACGUCGACCAAGAUUCAGAGUGGAACAACAGACAAGACCAAAAUGACCAAGCUGCAGAAGAAAAAACCACUGCUUUGGCAGCUGUCGUGGACCACGACGAGAAGAAACAGGAUGAAAACUGGGACGAUAUCCUGUGCAAAAGUAUCGUACUCGUAUAUGUAAAUGCAUUAUAAAUUUCCCUAGCAUGAGAAAUAAAAACUUGUCAUGCGGAUUUACCCUAAGAAAAAAAUUUGUAAUGCAUGAAUGCAAUUACUACGAGUACGAUAGUUUUGCACAGGAUAGACGAGGAGGAGCAGCAACCUUUGGUCCUCGAGGUAAAAGCCGAACCCAGUAUCAAAUGCAAAUAUGUCUGGGUCUGGAAGAGUGCCAGGUUUGUCAUGCAGGUUUUCCAUGACCCAUGAGGUCUGGCAUGUAGGACAUAGCAUGACAGAUUCUGUGAGAGUUCCAUCAUGCCUAUUCUGCAUGAGAAACUGCCUCUCGAUUAGGUCAAAAGUGGACAGUGUUUGGCAAUCAUGCAACACAGAUUUUUACAUGUUAUUCAGACUUAGCAUGACAAGUUGCAUCCAUCCAGACCCCGACGUAUUUGCAUUUGAUACCCAGAGACAUCGUGGUCGAGUUGGAGAAGGCGUGUCGGCUGGUGCUGAAGCCCUCGGCCGACGGAGACGAGUUAUGCAAGAAAAAAACUGUCUUAGUGUAACUUUCUUUGCCCGACAGCAUUACAGAUUUGCUCUACAUGAUAGAGAAAACCUGUCAUGCGUGGCUUGUAAGGGAAAACACACAUGGAAAGAGGGCUUCAUGGCUGUCUGGCAUGACAGGCGCAACUCUCUUGCAUGUUCUGCAUUACAGAGUUACACUUACACCGUUUUUUUCCUGGAUACGAGUUCCGCCGCAUUUACUCCGCGCAAAUCGAGGUGAUCGCGGACAUUUGGGAGGAGGACGUGGUGCCGAACGCGAAAAAAGUGGACAAGUGGCUGAAAGAAGUGGUCAAGCCCAUGCGCGCCGAAAUCGACCGUUUGACGAAGCGCAUGGCCUUAAACCCUUCCAGCACGCCGCCGCAGGAAAACGAGGGAAUGUUCCAAAAUUUGCGGCCCUUGAUCCAUUCCGUCGACAUGCUGAUCCGGAGGGUAUUGGAACUAUUUUAAAGCGGAUUUGGAUGCUGUUUUGUGAAGAUUGGUUUCAUGAUUCGUAGUAAUAAGUAGUUUCUCUGGGUCGUAUGCAAGAUUGAGAUUCAGAUUUCGAUUGAUUGAGAAAUGACGUUUUCCAUGUGAGAUUAUAGUUUAUGUAUGCAAUUCCCACCACUAUUAAACACAGCGAGUAAAGGAAGACCGAGACAAGGCCAAAGUGCUGGCCCAGCAAAUCUCUUCGCACGUGGCAACUUACAUCCUGUACGCGAUCCACUUUAACCCCGAUCCGGAUCAGCAUCAGUACGCAAUCACGAAAGCCAAAGACUGGCUGGGAAACGUCUGGUACGGAGGAGAUUGCAGUAGAUGACUUCUGUUUUUUGCACGUCUUUUUGUUUUGGUCGACGCCUGCACCAAGGACGGGGUCCGUUCGAUGUGUUCGAUUUUUCUCCAUCUACUUAUCAAAACCUUUAUUCAGGUUUAUGUUCGACAGUCGCAAGAUCGUGGACGCGGUAAAGGCGGCUACGCCGAACAAGGUGGACAUUACCAGCGUCGUUCCCGUAUGAACUGCAAAGGUAUCGUACUAGUAGCAAUUGCAAUACAAAUUAGCUCAGCAUGACAAAGGGAGUUUGUCAUGCUGUUUUGCCUUGCGAUUGAGAUUUGUAAUGCAUGACUGCGAUUACUACGAGUGCGAUACUUUUGCACAGGAUACCCCGACGACGUCUGGAAACGAAUCUCCACGAAGGUGCACGGCCGAAGGUCAUCUUAUGCCUUGCAAAUAUGUCUGGGUCUGGACCAUUGAAACUUGUGAUGCGAAGUCUACUACACUGUGAAAAACUACUGUGUUGCAACAUGAUUGCCAAAUUUAAAGUCGUCCACUUUUGACCAUAUGUUGCGAAGUAGAGGUUUUUUCUCGUGCAGGAUAUUAGGCAUGAGAAAGAUCUCACUGAAUCUGUCAUGCUAUGGAAGCUACAGCCCAGACCUGCCAACAUGGGUCGUCAUGGAGUACUAAAAUCUGCAUGACAAAAAUCUUCCAGCGGUGGAUCCAGACACGACAUUAUAUUUGCAAUUGAUACAUCUUCCGGCGCCGCGGCCCACGUGGACAACACCGGGAGUGUGCGCGGCCUUCCCAGUGCGCAUAUAACCGGGAGUAGUGCGGAUGUCGCAGCAGGAGCUGCACCUAAGAAGUCACACUUUGACACGGUGGAGGAGGAGCAGCAGCGAAACCUCGCGAGAUUGAGGGCAGCGACGGAGCGGAAAAAGGAGGAGAUACGGCUUCAACAGGAGCUAGAUGAGCUGAAUGAACGUGCAGAGAAACAGCGCCAGGAGCGCGAAGAGAAGGCCCGCCAGAAAAAGGAACGAGAAAGGGAGGAAAAAGCCGCGGCGAAGGAGCGGAAACGGCAGGCGAAGAGAGAGAGGAAACUACUACGAGCGGCUAAUAUCGAAGCAGGCGCAGGAACAUCAAACAAGUCCAGGUCGCGGGAGAGGGGAAGCACUAGCAAAACGGGGUCGAAGAAUCAGGAUUGGAACGACAGUCCCGUGAAAAUGGUCGGG